AAACCUCAACAAGCAUUUGAAAAUGAUGCACCGUCAGUGCCCUGUAUGCAACCUAAAGUUUUCUCACAAAGACGUCCUUAUAAGACACAUGAAAACCCAUCAACAAGACAAACCCUUCCAAUGUGGUCUUUGUAACAAAGUGUACACUACCACAACUAAUCUCAAUAAACAUAUGAAACGUGCCCACCCUGGAGAAGAAAAGCCUAUAUAUCUGUGUUCUUAUUGUAGCGAACCUUUUUCCAAUGGAGACACUCUCUCAAGACAUGUAAGGAGGCACCACGAAGGCAAAUGCUAUCAAUGUUCUAUUUGUAGAAGAGCGUUUUCAAGCAAAAACUGUCUCGACAUACAUAUGAGAACCCAUUCAGGAGAAAAACCAUAUCAAUGUAUGACCUGUAUGAAGGAGUUUUCUCAUACGAGCGGCCUCACUGUACACAUAAGAAGCCACACAGGAGAAAAGCCUUACAAAUGUACAAAUUGUAACAAGGAUUUUACCACUUGGAAUAGCCUUGCUGCACAUAAGAAUGCACACAUGGGUGAAAAGCCAUAUCGGUGUACAAUUUGUAGCAAGGAGUUUAGCUACAAGAACAGUCUGUCUACACACAUAAGAUCUCAUAAGGGAGGAGAGCAGCAUCAGUGUUCUGUGUGUGGUAUAGUUUGUGCAAAUGCAACUAGCCUGUCGGUACAUGGUAUGAGAAGACACACGGGAGAAAAACCUCAUGUGUGUUCUGUUUGUAGCAUGAGAUUCUUUGCAAAGGGGGAUCUGAAAUUGCAUAUGAGAACCCACACGGGGGAAAGACCCUAUGCAUGUUCCUUUUGCAGCAAGAGCUAUGUCACAAGGAACCAGCUGAAGUUGCAUGCAAGAAUCCAUUGGGGUGAAAAACCAUUUCAAUGUUCUGUUUGUAGCAAACGCUUUCAUCGGAAAGGAACUCUUACAGAACAUAUGAAAGUCCACUCAAGUGUAAAGCCAUAUCACUGUUCUGUUUGUGCUAGAGGUUUUGCAAGAAGUAAUGACCUUAAACGUCAUAUGAAAUCGCACGAUUCAGAAAAAAAAUCCCACGUAUGUCCCGUUUGCAGCCGAGUAUUGACAAGACAGUGCGAUUACAAUCGUCAUAUACGAAUCCACACAUAGUACAGAUAAUUAUUAGCAAUAGUUACGGUAUUGUAUGCAUGUGUAAUACCCCCUUCACAUACACAGAUUUUUCUCACGAGUCCUUAUGGAUCGCCAUCUCGUAGUCAAUCGCAAGCAUCCGUAAAUAACUCGCUGGUAUCCGUAAAUAACUCGUCACAACUCACAACAACUCGUAGACACUCUUAAGGAUCCGUGAAAGGAGAGGCAAAUUUUUUGACAUGUCAAAAAUCUUCUUACGAUUGUCCACGGAUUGAUUUGUCCGUAAAUAGCUCGUAACAAUACAUAACCAUCCGUUAACUGCUCGCAAGAAUCCGUAAAUGACUCAUAGCAGUUUUUUGUAACGAUUCGUUACGGUUAGUUUUGUUUUGUUUACGAUUUGUUUACGGAUUAUUGCGAGCAGUUUACGGAUGGUAACGUGUGAUUACGUGUUCUUUACAAUUUUAUUUGGGUCAUUUUACGAUGGCUUUACGGAUUGAUACAGGUUAUUACCAGUAUUUUACGUGUAGUUACGAGUACUUUACGAAUAAAUACCUACACAUUACGUAUGCUUACAAACUGUUAUCGAUUUGGGGAAGGUAUAAAAGCUGCAAAUUAGAAAAA